AUGGUCAGUGGCGCCAAGCACAUUGUGGGGGAAGUCCUGGGUAGGGUUGAGGACUUGGGAAGGAGAAGAGGCCUGUGUUUGGUGGUAAACACAGGCUUUCGAUUUCACCAGGAAAAGUUGCUUCAAGAACUGAAGGAUUAUAAGUUUGUAUUCCCACAGCUGGUUUCAGGAAGAGGGAAACGGAGUGUGGCCGUACUGCCUCAGAGGAACUAUUCAAAUAAGCUCAGCAUCUCGGUGGAGCUGGAGGGAAAGAACUGCACGUUGGAUCUCCGUAGCAAUACAUUCCUCUUGCCCAGAGGGUUCCAGGUGUCGCACUAUGAUUCCAAUGGGACUCUGGUGACAGAGACAGACAGUGGAAUGUAUCGCUGUUACUAUGUGGGAUCUAUGAGAAGAUUUCCUGGAUCCCAGGUCUCUGCAAGCACCUGCUCAGGACUCAGUGCUGUGAUUGCAUUCAGUAAUCGAACUUAUGUCAUUGAACCUGUUGUGGGGGAUGUAGUUGGUCGUCAUUUGUUAUACAGAGCCGAAGAUCUCCUGCCAGUACCGAGUAGCUGUGGAGUCAGAGCUCCAUCCCCUGAAUUAACCCUGACUGAUCACCUCCAGCACUCUCAGAGGAUGGAAAGGGAUGUGCUGGCAGAGAUGAGAUAUAUCGAACUGGUGCUUGUGGCAGAUCGGAAUCUGUAUCAGAAUCUGGGCAGGAACAGAGGAGCUGUGGUGCGAAGAAUGAUUGACAUUGCCAAUACAAUCGACCUGUAUUACAGACCAUUCAACAUUCGCAUUGCUCUGAUUGGAGUGGAGGUGUGGACCACAAAUCAAAUUCCCAUUGACAAGCAAGCUCCAUUAACUAUGAUGCAGUUCCUGAAGUGGAGGGAGAACACACUUCUCUCACGACUGCAGAAUGACAACGCCCAUCUCCUCAUAGGUGGCUAUUUUGAGUACAGUGUCACAGGUUUGGCACCGUUAAGCAUGAUGUGUUCAUCAGAUUAUUCUGGAGGAGUAAAUAUCGACAACCGAUCCAGCCAUUUGCCUGUUUCUUCCACUCUUGCACAUGAGAUAGGACACAAUCUGGGAAUGAUACAUGACAGUCCAGCACGGAAAUGUACCUGUCAAGGCAAGAUCAUGGGUGGCUGCAUCAUGGAUGAAUCACUUGGUUCAGUUUUGCCAACAGCCUUCAGCAGUUGCAGCCAACAGGACUUGGUGAGCAGCAUCAGCCGUGGUGUUGGGAUCUGUCUGUACAAUGUGCCGAGUCUCAGCCAACUGGUUGCUGCCUAUGAAUGUGGCAACUUACUCUUAGAAAAAGGCGAGGACUGUGACUGCGGCAAACCUGAGGGAAGGUCUGGGAGCGAUCUAGAGGGAUUUGGAGGGAAGGUCCCGGAGCAAUCUGGAGGGAAAGUCCCGGAGCGAUCUGGAGGGAAGGUCCCAGUACAGUCUGGAGGGAAGGUCCCGGAGCAAUCUGGAGGGAAAGUCCGGGAGCAAUCUGGAGGGAAAGUCCCAGUACAGUCUGGAGGGAAGGUCCCGGAGCAAUCUGGCGGGAAGAUCCCGGAGCGGCCUGGAGGGAAGGUCCCGGAGUGGCCUGGAAGGAAGGUCCCAGAGCGGCCUGGAGGCGAGGUCCUGGCGUGUACUGGAGGCAAAGUCCCGGACAGGUCUGGAGUCAAGGUCCUAGAGCAGACUGGAGGUGAGGUCCUGGAGUGGUCUGGAGGUGAGGUCCUAAAGCAGACUGGAGACAAGGUCUCAGUGAGGACUGGAGGAGCAAGAUCUGCUGAAGAUGUUUGUUAUGAAAUUACAAAUAGAAGAGGAAAUGAAAAUGGAAACUGUGGCAAGGAUAACCACAAUAACUUCAUAAAGUGUCUUCCUCAGAAUGUACUUUGUGGAAAAAUCCAGUGUACAGGUGGAAAUAAACAGCCAAUCCAAAGUGGACAGAUGACAGCCUUUUACUCUUCUGUGGUUAUCAAGGGUGUAACAUAUAACUGCAGAGGGAUAGUUUCUGACCGAGGUAAUGCCAGCACUCCAGACCUAAUUCAGCAUGGAACCAAGUGUGGCAGUAACAAGCUCUGUCAUAAUGCACAAUGUCAGGAUGUCACUGUACUCAAGGUAAAGGAAUGUGACGACACCUGCAAUAAAAAAGGGGUUUGCAACAACAAAGGUAACUGUCACUGUGAUGUUGGCUGGUCUCCUCCAUUUUGUAAAACCAAGGAUAGCAGCAUUGACAGUGGACCCAUGACUAGAAAAGACACAGUUCCAGGAGGUAAACCUAAGCCAGCUGCUCUGAGUGUUGCAAUCAUGGCACCAGUUUUGAUGGUGUUGGUCUUAGCCUAUUUCCUUGGGAAGAUGUUUAUGAGGAAAGCCAAGAUCACAAGUUCAAGAUCUCUCAAACAAGUCUAAGAAGUGCUGGUUUUCCAAGAUUAUUCCACUUUGUUAACUGUAGGUUAUCUUCACAAUCGCAAGACAGCAUGAAGAAAGUGAAAAGGAAAUGGGAAGUAAAUUUGGUGAUAGCUUUUUACUGACAAAACAAAUGACCAUUGAUUGAAACAUUUUUAUCUCUCCACAGAUUCAGAGACCUACCCGCCAACUGUUGCAUCUUAUAAAUCAUGAAAAAUUGCUCUCUGCGCCCAUUGUGAUCAAAUCUUUGAGAUGCAAUUCAAUGCCCAAAAUAAGAUUCAUUCUGUAUGACUGUAAUUUCCAAAUGCAGGAAUAAUCCACAGUAAAGAUUACAGAACCAAUCAGAAA